AUGAUCUCCCACACCGGCCACAGCUUGGAGAAAUCCGAUCCCAAGAUUGAGGCGGAUCGUUCCCGGCCAUACGGGGAAGACGUUGCGCCCUAUCCUGAGAAGGAUGCGCUGCAGCUCAAUGUUGGUGGCCGGGGUGCCACUCAGCGCCGCCUGAAGAACUACCAGGUGACGAUGAUCGGGUUCUGCGGGGGUAUUGGCACUGGUCUGUUCGUGGGAACGGGUGCGGCGUAUGCUAAAGCUGGCCCUGCUGGUUUGCUACUGGCCUAUGCAGUCGUCGGUUUGGUGCUGUGGUGUGUGAUGCAGAGUAUCGCCGAGUUGGCGACGCUGCUGCCCACCGCCGGAUCAUUCCCGCACUGGGCGACACGCUUCAUUGAUCCCUCUGUUGGUUUCUCGCUGGCUAUCUCGUACGGUUACUGCUACACCAUUGCUAUCGCGUCAGAAGUGUCUGCGGCUGCGGUGAUUGUCUCCUACUGGACGGACAUCACCCCCGCGGUGGUCAUCACCGUGGGUCUGGUGCUGAUUCUUGCGAUCAAUCUCAUGAGUGUGCGAUUCUACGGUGAGACAGAAGUCCUCGCCGGUAGCAUCAAGGUACUUUGCUUCGUUGGCCUGGUGAUUGUCUCCAUCGUUAUCACCUCUGGCGGCGGACCGAACCACGAGGCCAUCGGCUUCCGUUACUGGCACAAUCCUGGCGCCUGGACCAACUACAACGGCAUCACCGGAUCUACUGGCCACUUCCUGGGCUUCCUGUCUGCCUUUGUCAACGCCUCCUUUAGCUUUAUCGGCGUCGAGACCGUCGUCAUCACCGCGGCCGAGUCGGUUGACCCGCACCGGGCGAUUCCCAAGGCCGCCCGGCGCGUCACCUAUCGCAUUGCCUUCUUCUACAUCCUAGGCGCGUUCCUCAUCGGCAUGAUUGUCGAUCCCAGAAACGCCGAUCUUGUUUCCGGAUCGGGAAAUGCGAACAGCUCUCCUUGGGUUAUUGCCAUUCGCCAGGCCGGCAUCAACGCUCUGCCUUCCAUUGUCAACGCGUGUAUCCUGAUCUCUGCCUGGUCCGCGGGCAACUCGUACUGCUGGGUCGGCUCGCGCAUGAUCGUGGCCAUGACGACCGAUCACCAGUUGCCCCAGGUAUUUGGCAAGGUGACCAAGAAGGGUGUCCCUUAUGUGGCUGUUAUCGCCGCUUGGCUGUUUGGACCGUUGGCCUAUCUCAGUCUUGGAUCGGGCGGCGCCGCACAAGCCUUCAGCUGGCUUCUGAAUCUCAGCACCGUUGCUGGUCUGAUCGCAUGGGCCACGCUCUCCUUCUGCUACAUUCGCUUCUAUGCCGCGCUCAAAGCGCAGGGCGUCCACCGCGACACGCUGCCGUGGAAGGGCCCUUUGCAGCCGUAUGCGGCGUGGGUGGGAUUCAUCGGAUCCACCAUCAUCACCCUUGUGGCCGGAUUCCCCGUUUUCCUCAAGGGCAACUGGAAUACCUCCGACUUUGUCGCUUCGUAUAUCGGUAUUCCUAUCUUCAUUGUCCCAAUCAUCGGAUGGAAGUUCUGGUACCGUACCAAGUUCGCGCGCGCGGCCAAUAUUGAUCUAUGGUCUGGCCGUCUCCAGGAGGGAGAGAUUAUCGAGAAACACAGGCCGAUGACAUGGUGGCGUCGUAUCCUCGAUUGGCUUUUCUGA